UUGUCUCAAAUUCACAAGACCAAUACAUUCAAAAUUCGUUAUACGGAUGAGGACGAAGACACAAUUACUAUUGAUAAUGACCAUGACUUACGAGAAGCCAUAGAACAUAAUAGGGCCCUUUCUAAGGACAGUCCUCGUCUUGUUAUCUGGUUGACUUUGGAAGAACUAAAACCUUCCCUUAUCAAUAAGGAACUUCCUAGUCUACCUGAUCAUAGCUCCUCCGAUACUGAUCCAGUACCAACCUCCAACGAGUCAAAUGCAAGCUACAAUGAUUUCCAUGAAUAUCUGUUCGAAAGUGUACUAAAUCCGGGAAUCAAAAAUUUACAAGACAUAGUACAGAACAUUGUUACUCAAGUUAGCAAUACUUUUGAAAAAGAGUUUGUAAGGGAUUCAUUAGAUCUAAGUUUGAGAAGAUCCACGCAAUCCCAAUCUUCAAAUAUUGUUGAGUCUACUCAAGUUACAAAUGAUGCUACCAACUCAUCAAAUUCAUCAAAGACUAGUGAAACUCGUCAUGUACAAACACAAGAAUCACGGGCUUCUUCAGCCCUUGCCCCAACUCAACAUCCGGGUCACACUUUUAUGAAAAUUCAUAGAGCUGGUGAUCCUGAAAUUAAGAUUCCAGGUAUUGUUAUUUGUGGCAAUUGUCUUGACUUUGAUUUGUGUGGAAAUUGUGAAGCGAAUCCCAUCAGCAAGCAUGAUGAAAAUCAUGUUUUCAUAAAGAUCAAAAAACCCGUUUCACAAAGACUUCGAACAGAUAAACCAUUAUUACAUGAUUUUUAUUCGAAAGUUGAACAAAAAACCGGUCGUUUUAAAGAUUGUAAACAGUCUUCUCAAUCAAAUAAUGUUCAUAAAGAGAUGGAAUCUGUACCGAGACAAACUUCUUUGGUCAAUUCUAACUCUGAUGCUUCGAGCUCAAAUCCUUUCAUUCCUUUAAUCAGACCAAUUAAUACUGAAGAUUCUACUGAAAAGGUAAUCAGCCGUGCUCCAGUCGAUUUAUAUAAUUAUACUCUAGGGGCUAAACCAAUCGUUUCAUCAUCGUCCCCCGAAAAGCUUGAAAAAGAAACAAUUCAAACUCAUACUACUCAAGUCACUCCUUCUCCACCUUUAUCAAAUGUAACAACCAUGAUCUCUCAAGAUGAAGUUUGCGAUGUUCCAUUCAAGAUUUCCGUAGAAACCCUCACUGAAAAAAGGAUAAGUGCCAAAUUUAUUAGUGAUGCUAACGUUCCUGAUGGCACUAUUUUGGCUCCUCAGGCUCAAUUCCGCAAGAUGUGGAUCAUGUCUAAUGAUGAUGAUUUUGGUUCCGUUGUUGGUUCAUUAGAACCUGGCAAAAGCGUUUAUGUAUCUGUAGACCUUCAAGCUCCUACUGAGCCUGGAAAAUACACCUCUUUGACUGAUAAUGAAGGAAAUGUAUUUGGACAUAAGAUUUGGUGUGAAAUUAACGUUGAAGCCGAUGACCAAUCAUCGAGCAUGUCUUCCUCAAUGAUUUUCCCGGUUUUGAAUUAUGAUCAAAAGUUAUCCCAAUCUGCAUCUGGUUCUAUUCAAUCCCCAGUUUCUACUGCCGAAGAUGAUGACAAUGCACCACUUCAAAAUUUAGUUAAACCUACCGUUACUGAAUUACAAACCGGGAUCGUAGAUCUCGAAAGUACUUCGGAAUUAAAUUCUGAACUUUUUAAUUCUGAUGAUGAUGAAUCUGAUACUUCAUCUAUCGUUUCUGAUUCUUCCCAAGAUUUUAUUGUUGUCGAUAAAGAUUCUGAUGAUGAUGAGAUGGAAAAUAGUUUUAUAAAUUCUGAGGUGAGAUCCUCGAUCCCUAAUUCACUAGUUAUGUCUUCUUGUGGAGAUAACACCAGUGUUUAUGAUGAUUUUAAAGAUGAACCGACAGAAGAAUUAAAAUACCAAGAGGAAAUUUCUAAAUUAGCUGAAAUGGGUUUUACCGAUACUGAGACGACAUACAAUCUUUUACUUGCCUAUGACGGUAAUAUUGAUAAAGUGAUAGACUCAUAUUUACGAUGGGAAUAA